AUGGUUGCCCCCCGGUUCCGUUUAUUGCCUGUCACAACGUCCUCCAGCCAUGACAUCCGCGAAAAUAUCAACGAUAUUAUCCCUUCAAUACGUGCUCUCCGUGAAAUCGGUGGAACGGCAGGCAUGUCUGUUGGAGUCAUAAAGUAUGGCGAAAUCCUGCUUGAGCACCACCUACACUUUGCAGACGUUGAAAGUCAGCGAGUUGCUGAAUCUACAACGCGAUAUCCAAUUGGCUCCUUAUCGAAAUCUUUCGUCGCAGCCACGGUCGCGCAGUUGGUUCAUGAGGGCCAGCUCCAAUGGAACGAACCCAUCACCACAUACCUACCUGAGCUCUCUUCCAUCGCCGGCCCAAUGCCUGCUGACCAGCUCACAUUGAUUGAUCUCUUGUCCCACCAGACAGGUCUGCCCGGCUUAGAUGCCAUGUGGCUUGGUGCGAAUAACGAGAUUAACAUACCCAAGGAUUUUACUGUUGCCAUGUGCAAGCACUUGCCAGCGCUAUACCCAAACCCGUUCCAAGUGGUUGUACAACAACUGGAUGUACGCUCUAGCUGCCAGGUCGGCAUGUCUCAAUCUUCAGUUAUCGAAUCGGAAAUUCCAGCGGGUUCGACAGCAUUGCCAUACGCAGUCCUGGAUGACAAGACGAAGUGGCGGAUUGGUGAUGUCAGAUUCACGGAUGGGAAAUUCAUGUCGCCGGCUGGGGGAGUCCGAAACAACAUUCUAUUUGGUCACAGCUUCAUCAACAAAUCAGCCUCAUUCGACGAAAUGUACGGGCUUGGUUUUGCCAAAGUCACUCUACCAGCACAGUUUGGAAAAACAGGGUUCAACCCAGGCCCUAGUAAAAGCUAUGCCGGUGAUUAG